AUGGAGAGCUACAGCGGGUCCGGCACGAGCUGGUGCAACCAGUUCAUGAUCCUGCUCCGGCGCAGCCUCAAGGAGCGUCGGCACGAGACGUUCACGUCGCUGUGCAUCUUCCAGAUCAUGGCCAGGGAUGUACGCGCUCUCCUCCUACUUCAUGUCGCACAUGGAAGGGAACCUGCCCAUGGAGCUCGCCCUGCCCACGGCGUUCACCGUCGUGGUGUACCUCAUGGCCACGCUCAACCCUUCCCCCGCCGCGUUCGCGCUCAGCUGGCCAUGAUACUGGGCUACGUGCUCGUCGCCGAGGGCCUGGGACUCGCCGUGGGCACCGUCAUGAUGGACGCCAAGCGCAUGUCCACGCUGGUGACAGUGGUCAUGCUGGAGUUCCUCCUCACCGGUGGGUUCUACGUCCACAACGUGCCGGGGUUCAUGGUGUGGGCCAAGUACACGUCCUUCACCUACUACUGCUACCGCCUACUCAUCGCCGUGCAGUACGACGGGCACCUCAAGCGCCUGCUCCCGCCCGAGGCCGUCGACGGCGAGGCCGGGCCGGGCACAUGCGUCGCCGCGCUCGUCGCCAUGUUCUUCGGCUAUCGGCUGCUGGCGUACCUCGCACUGUGCCGCGUCAGGAAGUGA